AUGUCUUCCGAGAACGCCCCCUCUGGCGAGUACUCUGACGAGUCCUACGUCUCGCGCACCGGCCAGAAGCAGGGCCCCAUUCCAGUCACCUCGGACCGCGAGCAGGUUGAGGACCCUAUCAACCCCGAGACUGCUGACUCUGACGAGCAGCUUGAGCGUGACGAUGCCGACGCCAUUGACGAGAGCAACGUCAUCGACGAGCGUACCCGUGGUGCCAAGCCGAGAGGGACUUACCGGGAGCCGGGUGAUGAGGAGGGCUUGCCUACUGACGACGGCACCAGCUCAGCUGAUGUCAAGUCAGCCGAGUAG